AGACACUGAUGGAGAUGUCAGCAAAUCAAGAAGCUCCAUUACAAAGAGCCCCCUGGAUCAAAGUGAAACUGUGAAAAGAAAAGCAACAUCUUGUUACUUCCCUCCGAUGGCUUUGCCUGUCAGGCACGUUGCCGAGCCCAGCAGAACGUGACCAUGCAUUGUGCAUGUGGAGAGGUGUGUGAGGCCGAGUGUGUGGGUGUGUGUCUGCGUCUGUGUCAGCACAUCCAUCCGGGAACAGAGCUGCUGUUGUACGAUGAGGGAAAAGGCCAGACCUCUGACAAACCAGUUGGCUCCAAUGGAAGUACAGCGGAAAGCAUGGAUGAAAUUAAAGAGGCCGAGGCUGUAAUAACCAAAAAGACAAAAGAAGGACCAAAGAAGAAAGAGUUGAAAAGUCAGGAUGAGGAGGAGGAACACAGCUGCUUGAGGAGGAGCCACCCAAUCACACUUGGGAGGAAGAGGAGAAUUAAAAUCAUCCAAUCCAACCAGAGUCCUGAGUGUGACAUCCAGCAAGACAUUCCUUCAGACACAGCAGAUGUUGGACACUCAAACGCUGUCCCUUCAGACAAAGACACAGACGACUCACUCCCCGCAUCUCUUUCUGUCCGCUGCAGCUCUCGUCUAGCUGCUAAACCCCGACGAGUUCACAGUCUGUCCAGCAGAACUCGACACCCCCCUGCUGGAUCUGACUCACCCAAACAGAAUGAAGAGCAGAGCAAAGACUCAGCUGAAGGCCUAGAUGUCUCUCCAUCACACCCUGAGUCCGUUGUCACAGCUUGUCCUGCUGAGAAGGUCUCUGAGUUGCAACCGGAGGUCCGAGAGAGGCGGUACAGCUGUUCCAGCUGUGGUAAAAAGUUCUUCCAGAUUGGUCACUUGAAGAAACAUCAGUUUAGCCACACUCAUGAGAAACCAUUCACCUGCCAGGCCUGUGGGAAACACUACACCUCAGCAGAAAGCUUCAAAGCCCAUCAGAUGAGUCACCGCGGUGAGCGUCCAUUUUCCUGUCCCAACUGUGAGAAAACCUACUGUCUGAGGCGGGACCUGCAGGAGCACAUGGUCCUGCACACCGGAGAGAAGCCUUACACCUGUGAGAACUGUGGCAAGUCUUAUGCACGACGUCCUUCCCUGCGCGUUCAUCGUCGCCUCCACUGCAGCAAGAUGAGCUACACACAGUCUCCAAAGGUGCAGUGUUCAGUCUGCUCCAAGUUGCUGGCCAAUUCGAAUUCCCUGAGGAACCACAUGAAGCUCCACACGGGAGAAAAGCCUCACAUCUGUCAGCAAUGUGGGAAGUGUUUCAGACAGAAAGGGAACCUAGAGUACCAUUUGAGACUUCACAGAGGAGAGAGGCCGUUUCCCUGCCUCGAGUGCAGCCAGGCUUUCACCCAGAAGCUUGAUCUCCAGCGACACAUGUUCUCCCACACCAAAGGGGGAUUUCUCUGCAGCUUCUGUGGGAAGUCUCUGAGGGACCCCCACAGCCUGAGGUACCACGAGAGGCUGCACACUGGAGAGAGACCCUAUUGCUGCUCUGUCUGCGGGAAAGGCUACACGCUGGCCACCAAACUGAGGAGACACAUGAGGUCUUCCCAUCUGAAAGAAAAGCCAUACAGUUGCUCCUGCGGUGCUUCCUACACUGUGAAACAAAGUCUGCUGAGACACCAGGCACAGCACAGGAUGGAGGCAGGAGGUCAGAAGGAGGUGGAAGGAGAACAGAGAGAGGAGGUAGACCAAAAUGCUGAGCAGGAGCCAGAGGCUUUAAGCUGUAGUCACUCUAAACCGGUUCGAGGCAGACCAAAGAAAGGUCUGCGCCUUCAAGAGUCUGGGGGGAGGGGAGGAGGAGAUGCUGAGCAGAGAAGAGAGCUAGGAGAAGAUGAGAUCAUGAGUGUUGAAACAGCAACCAGAGGAGCAGAAGAGACUCCAGGCGACGUCCAGCACACUGUUGUCUACGUCCACUCAGAUGACCUGUCUGCACCGACCUCCACUCCCCUGCUCCUAGAUGCAGAGGACUUGCUGCCUGCAGGAACAGAGCCAGGGCUGGUGGAGGUGGUGAUAUCGGAUGGCGUGGAGCAGUGCAUCAUGGUCCAGGGUCAGCAAAUGGUGGGAGAGCUGCUGAUCCUGCAGGAGGAAGAGGGUGGACUCUGCACUGUGGCUCAGACUGUUGAGAUAAAAACAAUAUAACCAAAACCCUCAGCUGGAGCGUCUCAGGCCAGUGACUCAGUGAACCUCCCUUCUUCCAGCCUACCUCAACUACAGGUGUUGUGUUCAUGGCAGGAAGGAUUUAAAGUGGUUAAAUGCUAAUUUUACACAAAAAUUCCAGCAAACAAAGAUGGAACCUUGUUUUUAUUUUAUCAUGCCUGUGUAUGUUGCCAACACUCGACUCCGAAAUUAGUUGAUUUUUGUUGAUGGGGAGAACUUACCUCGUCACAUUCCUGUAAAAGUGCACUGAAAAUAUCCCAGCGUUACAUCACUUCUUCAACAUUUACCUGGUUAUCUCCUGGAGGCAAAGGAAUAGAAUAAAACUUCAGUGAACUUCUGGAAAGUGGCUGACUGUGUGAGCGCAGACUCCAAUAAAAUCCAAAAUAAUACAGAAAUGGGAAAUCCUUCAUUUCAAAUUGUAUUUUUUUUUAUUUUUUGUAAAAGCAGUUUUCAUAAGGAAACAAGGAGCAAAGGAACAGAUGAAACAGUCUCAAUACCCAAGCAAACUAACUUCCUGAUUCUUUCCAAAUUCAGAGUGUGAAAAGGUUUUUUGGUCCUGGUUAGGGAUGUAAGAAAAUGUCGAUAUGGCAAUAUGUCAUUAUAAAUUUUCAAGCGAUAUAUCUAGAUUCAAAAGCCGUGUAUCUAAUUUUUUGGAAAAAUUUACAUGCAUUUAUGUAUUUUCUUUUCUUUUGGUGCAAUUCAAACACCAACCGCUAGAUGGCAGCAGUGUGCAAUGGGGUUUGUUUCCACCAUUAAUAUGUAAAUCCCUCUGUUAUGGUUCAGAUACCUGAUGUUAAACAUGUUACAUAUCAGUUUGGACUGUUUACCGAAUAUUCCUAUGGAAAAAUCAGUCUAAAGAAUCGCUAAUAUCGACUGAAUUUAUGGCAAUAUAUCGUGAUACAUUGUAUCCUUUCCCUGUAUUGUGAUACUUAUCGUAUCGCCAUACACAUCCCUAGUCCUGGUGAUCCACGGCACAAGUGUGGGAGGCAAAAAGGCUCAUAACUCAUGGAUGUAAAGGCAAAUGGGUUCAAAUCGGUUUGUUCAAACACGAUCUAGUGACUAAUAAAUGCUGGUACAUACAAAAAAGCCCCAUUAUGUAUAAAACAAUAAAAACACAUCUAGUAUGGAACACUUUCACCUCUAAUGCACGGGUUAGCUUUAGGUUGUUUAUAAUUGGUCAUGCUGUGGUGGUGAUGUGGUGCAAUUGGGUCCUUUUUACAAAAGGCAUAAACGGGGUAUGGGGGCAUAAACGGGGUAUGGGGGCGGUCUCUGCACUGCUGCAGACUUCCGCUUAACUUGGACAUAACUUGGGUUUUAUUGCGAUCGAAGCCACACUCAUUAGGUUUUUUUUUGUUCUUUUUAACAAGCCGCUCCUUAAGGUGUCUGUCCCCCACAGUCCAUGCAGUCACUGGUGAUCUGACCUCCAGCUCUAACAGAGAGAAGCUCCAGGAGCGCUGCAUCGCUCCAGAUUAUCAUCUCAGCUGAUUCUGUUCACAAAAACAAAACUUAGGCCUGUUUUUACUUUCAUUUUAGUUGCCGCCCGGGGCUCGGCAGUAAUGGUCCAUUCCCUUCUGUACCGGGUCGGCCCGGGCCGGGUAGCCCCAGUCGGCCCCAGCCUGGCCAGGUUGAUUCCACAAAUCCUUGUCUUAAGCCCAUGUGGGCUGAUUCUACCCACCAAUCAGAGGCUUGCUCUAAUGCAGACCUGGGCAUUUUACGGCCCGCGGGCCACAUACGGCCCUUUGGUUGACUUUGACCGGCCCGCGUAAGGUUAAUUGGAAAUUACAAAAUAAAUGUAUUUUCUCAUUUUACCUCAUGCAUGGGCUAAGGCUGCAUUGCUUUUAUUUUGAAGUUGUUUUUUACGUGCACAAUGACGCAAUACGUAUAGCAACAAGUGCCCGCGGUUGACAG